AUGGCGCAAGCAGCAGCUGUUGCGAAGCAAGGAUUAACGUUGAUGAAACAAAUUGCUGAGCAGAUGGCUCAUUUAUAUGGUCAAACAGUACAUACAAUGAAGACCAAUAUAAUCUUACGACCUAUCUAUAAGUGGUGGGAAGGAAGAUUUUGGCUCAAAGAAGAAUCGUGUUUUGUAAACCGCGGUCGUGCCAGACUGUAUACGUAUUUACUUCUAUACUUGCUCAUUCGUUCGCGAAGUGCAAAGAAUGCAGCUGAAACAGAAGCGCUGAAAACGAAAAGCAAGGAACAAAUCGUUGCAACAGCUUUGCGAUGUAGCGGACGAUCGUAA